GCUUGCUGUAGAUGUAUGGAUGUGCACAGCAUCCAUUUGAACUUAUGCGCAAUAUCUUUAGAUAGAUAUGUAGCCGUUACCCGUCCGGUUGCCUACCCGAGUAUAAUGUCAACAAAACGGGCUAAAUCAUUGAUUGCUGGAGUUUGGGUGCUUUCAUUUGUUAUAUGCUUUCCGCCACUUGUUGGCUGGAAGGAUCAAAAGUCGAUAAUACAGUCAGUGUACACACGAGAAAAUUACACCCAUUUCUAUACUACAACUGUUGUAUCUGUUCAGCGUAGUGUGCAAUUAAAGCAAAUGCAGCAGUUACGAUUUCCAUACAAUCGGACGCACAUGUCAUUAGAUGCAACACCUGACAUAUUAAUGUCAGAUACCGAGGGUUUUAAUUACCAAGAUCCAGCGCAGGAAUCUUUAGAGAGUGGAGAAUAUAUGGAGAGUUCAAAAUUCUUCUAUGAAAAGUCAUUUUGUUCUGCAAAGUGUGAAUUGACAAAUGAUCGCGGUUAUGUUUUAUACUCGGCAUUGGGAUCAUUCUACAUCCCGAUGUUUGUGAUGCUCUUUUUUUAUUGGCGCAUAUACAAAGCAGCAGUGAGAACUACACGAGCAAUAAAACAGGGCUUCAAGACCACAAAGGGUAGUCCUCGCGAUGCCAGCAGCAGUCAAGCUAAUCAAACUCAGAUGAUAUUACGCAUGCAUCGCGGUAGGCCAGGCGGGACCCCACAGCGUGCUCCUCUCUCCAUGCAUUCUGUGUCUUCUACACUUAGUGUGAAUAGUAACGGAGACGAUGAAAGCUCUAUAACACAUACUCCAAGGCGCACCACUUCAAUGCGUAUACACCGGCAGCGCCAUGAAAAAAUAUCCAUUAAAGUGUCGUUCCCUUCAUCUGAGAAUGUAAUAGAUUUGCGUUCAGAGUUUAUUAACUCCGACCCCCCUUAUUCUACUUCCCUUAUAGGAAACACGGAUAGUAAAUUAACGUUUACGCACGGCCGAAUGUCUUCUUUCAAGACAGGCGGCUGCGAGGUUGCAGAGACUUCUUUCAAGAAGGGAGCUUACGUUGCCAAUACAAGCGAAAGUUUGACCGGCAGUAGGCGGGACAUAUUGGCAGCUAUUGAUGGUGAUAUUAGCAGCGUGAUCAAUUCACCAGGGAAAAGGCGUGGAGGUAAGCGCAGUGCCAAAUUUCAAGUAAAACGCUUUCACAUGGAAACAAAAGCAGCAAAAACCCUCGCCAUUAUCGUAGGCGGAUUUAUUUUUUGCUGGUUACCUUUUUUUACUAUAUAUUUAGUACGGGCGUUUUGUGAAGAGUGCAUUGAACCUACAAUUUUUUCAAUACUUUUUUGGCUUGGCUACUGUAAUUCAGCGGUCAAUCCCCUCAUAUACGCCCUCUUCUCUAAUGAGUUCCGCAUCGCCUUUAAACGCAUACUUUGCCGUUGUGUGUGCACUCGUAGCGGAUUCCGAGCAUCUGAGAAUUUCCAAAUGAUUGCUGCACGCGCGCUAAUGGCACCGGCUACAUUCCAUAAAACGAUUUCAGGUUGCUCAGAUGAGGAGGAUGGUGGAAUAAAUUUUGGCUAAUCCAAAACUAGUUGUAAACAAAUAUAUGGUACACGUAUGUGUAUAAUACAUAUUAGGGGUAUUCGCUUGCUCUUGCAAGAUUGCAGAUUGCAAAAAUACUAUACCGAAGUAUACAAGGGCAC